UUUACAUUUUUUUCAUUUACAUAUAUUAUUGUUUAAAAUGAGCCAGGAAACAAUAAAAAUUGUGGCCGACUUGGAUUCAAUUUGUCGUACUUGUUUGUGUGAAAAAAAUUCAGAUGAAUUACAAAAUCUGUUUGAAAAUUCAUUGGAUGAUUUACUAUUAAAAACCACAUCUGUUCAAGUAAUGAAAGAAGAUGGUCUGCCAAGUAAUAUGUGCAAUGAUUGUCUGUUUACCCUUAAUUUAUCAGCCAAUUUUAAAGAACAAUGCAUUAAAUGCGACAACGAACUUCGACAUGCAAUAUCUUCUGAACAGAGUAUACUAUACAAAACAUUAACGAUAUUAAGUGACAGCACAAUGGUUGAAACUAUCCAAGAGAAUCAGUGUGAAACAGUUCAAAAUUCUGUUGAAUAUGAGGAAGAAUAUUGCAAACCUGAGAAUUUGGACUCUGAGGAAAUUUUAAAUAUUAAUUUAAAAGAUAAGGAUGAAAAUGAAUUGUUUGACUCACAAAUGGAUGAUUUAAAGGAACUAAGCACAGAUGAUAACAAUGAAAAAUUGGAGAAUUUGAAAUGUGAUCAUUGUGAAAAAACUUUUAAAACUAAUCAGUCUUAUAGGACACACAUGGUCUUCAAACAUGGUGUGACUAUAAACUGUCCUGUUUGUGAAAAACAAUUUACAAGGAUGUACAAAUUGAAAAAGCACUUGAGAUGCCAUGCAGACUAUAAACCAUACAAAUGUGACAUAUGUGAUAAAGAAUUUUUACUGUUGCCCAGUCUAACAAAACACAAAAAACGACACAAAGGCGAAAGAAAACACCUGUGCACCGUUUGCGGCAAACGUUUCUUUGAACAGAAUCACCUAACAAUACACUUCAGAACUCACACGGGGGAAAAACCGGUGGUGUGCAAGGUGUGCGGCAAACGCUUCGCCGACUCGCACGGCCUGUCGACCCACAACAAGAUCCACACGGGCGAAAGGAACCAUGUAUGCGACGUGUGCGACAAGCGGUUCGCCCAUUCGUUCGUCCUGAAGGCGCACAAAAGGAUCCACACCGGGGAAAGGCCGUUUUCAUGUCAAACAUGCGGCGCCACCUUCGUCACCUCGUCCUACCUUAACAUCCAUAUCAGGACGCACACGCAGGAGCGACCCUACGGCUGCGACCAGUGCUCAAAGAGGUUCGUGAGCAAAUGUGCGUUGACUGCGCACACCAGGACGCACACUGGGGUCAAAAACUUCCAGUGUGCCGUUUGUGGGAAACGUGUCGGACGUGCGGCUGAUCUGCAGAUACACAUGAGGACUCACACAGGGGAAAGGCCAUACAUUUGCGACCAGUGCCCCAAAAGCUACCACACGUCUUCAAACCUGGCAGCUCACAAACGUACCCACUUAGGUUUGAAGAACCACGUUUGCGACGUAUGCGAAAAAGCCUUUGGUGAUCCCAGAACCUUGAAAAGUCACAAGAGAACGCAUACGGGAGAGAAGCCGUACGUUUGUCUGGUUUGUGGAAACAGGUACACACAAUCGGGACAGUUAAACCUGCAUCGCAAAACUCAUGCCCAUCACGAAGCUGUUAGAGUGCAGCAAAACGCUCUGGAACAACAAUAGAUCUCGACAUUAAUGUUUGCUCAACAUUUUUUAUUUUGUUUUAUUUAUUGCUCUGAAUGUUUGUAGAAUAUUUUAUGUAACUGAUGUAUUAAGUUGAACAUUUUAUUUAUUAUUGUUUGUCGUAUCCGGAAUAAAGAAUGCACGAAAUUUA